AUGACGAAAUCCUCCGUCCGAGUGUGCGUCCGAACAAGACCAACAGCUCAGUUUGCUCAUGAUCAGCUGAUUGUGAAGCCAGAGAGCAGAACGAUAGAAGUGAACCUGAAGAAGAAUCCUGCGAUGGGGGUUGUGAACAACAUGCGAGAGAACUAUACUUUCAAGUUUGACGGUCUUCUGCAUAACAGCAGUCAGGAGACAGUCUAUCAUGAGUGUAUGGAUGAGAUUGUUCAAGGAGUGAUCAAAGGAUACAACGGCACUAUGCUCGCGUACGGCCAGACAGGAGCAGGAAAGACUUACACCAUGUCGGGAGGGACAGAGAGCUAUAAGGCGAGGGGUUGCAUCCCCCGCGCCAUCCAGCAAGUCUUCGGCGAGGUCUCGGCGCGCCCUGAUCAAUCCUUUACCAUCCGGAUGAGCUACCUGGAGAUCUACAACGAGACUCUGUUCGACCUCCUGGCUCCUGCCGGCGUCAUCGCGGAGGAGAACAGCGAGCUGCAGGUCAUUGAGGACAGCAAGGGAGGGAUCACCAUCAAGGGGUUGACCGUCGAGACUGCCAACACGGAAGAGGAAGCCAUGAACUUGUUCUUUGAGGGGGAGACGAACAGGGCGAUCGCAGAGCACCAACUCAACUCAUCCUCCUCUCGCUCCCACUGCAUCCUCACCGUCCACGUCGAGUCGCGCUCGAGGGUGGAGUCGGCAGACCGCGUCCUUGUGUCGAAGCUGAACAUGGUGGACCUGGCGGGUUCAGAGAGGGUGAGCAAGACUCAGAGCACAGGAGCGAUCCUAAGAGAAGCCAUGUACAUCAACAAGUCUCUGUCCUUCCUCGAGCAGUGCGUGAACGCGCUGGCGGAUCGGGGGCGGGAGCAUGUCCCCUUCCGGCAGUCGAAACUCACGCACGUGCUCAAGGACUCGUUGGGAGGGAACUGCAGGACAACAAUGAUCGCAAACAUCUGGGGAGAGAGCUCGCAGCUCGAAGAGACGAUUUCUACCCUCAACUUUGCUACGAGGAUGAUGCGUGUGAAGAACGAAGCGAUCGUGAAUGUGAAGAUGGAUGCAAACUUACUGGUGAAGAAAUACGAACAAGAAAUCCGCGAGCUCAAGCAGGAGCUGGCGAUGCACGAUGCUCUCUCUGACAGGAAAGACGUACAAUACGAUCCAUACAGUGAGGAACAGAAGUACGAGAUUGCUCAGACCAUCCGUGCUUACUGCCGAGGAGAGAUGGAAGAAAUCCAGAUCCAGAGCAUGCGGCAGGUCCGCGAGCUCUUGCAGCAAUUCAAACAUUUGUACAAUAGUGCUGUCUUCGACGCAAACAACGGCAGGGCUUCAGCAGCUGCCGUGGAGGGGCAGCAAGACGAGGGAGAGGAAGGAGGAGGAGAAGAAGCGAGCAAGACGGCAGGCAUCGGGCAACUUGCAGAUCGCGAUGGUUUCAGCAUAGGUCGCGCUCCUGACGCAGCUGUACCAGAGACCUCUGUCAAGACAGCAGAACUCCAGCGCUCUCCUCUCAAGCAGGGAGCGACAUCGGAGAAUCAAAGCCCCAAGAAGGUCGUCAAGAAAGCUCCUCCUGGUGCUGCAAAGCCCGAUAAAAAUCAGGCAUUCGAGGAGUACAAGGCAACAGUGGGGAGCAAGACGCAUGCAGGACUGCGAGACAAUCUAGCCGGUGAAGUGAAGUUUCUCAGUUUGGACUUCCCUUUGACUCCUUGA